UUUAAGGUCAGUGGAUCACGGAUUUCGCUCUUAGACCGUCGAAAGUCGGACGUGGCUCCCGGGGGCGGCGAUAGCGAUAAGGAUCGGGCCCAGGAGAGGGCCCUGCGGCGCGCCGCCCGAGUGCCCGGUCGCGUAAUUGCUGGAGUAUUACGAGUGAUUAGAGGUGGCGUCGACCUUUCCCUCCAGUUUCCAGCUGGUGGCCGGAGCGAGCGGAUCCGAAGACUUGCCGUCACGUUCGUUUUGGCGUUUGGUGCCGUUGGUGACGAAAAUCGGGUGUGCGGUGUUCGGGGUGGAGUGGGUUGCAAAAGAGAGGAGCUAAUCGUGAGCCAAAUUGGAAGUAAAUCGAAAGUUUCUUAUAUUAGAUCGGGAAAGCCAAAUGGGAGCCUCCAGUCCGCACCUGUAGCCGGCACUGAGAAGAUGACUUAAGCCCCAACCAUGAGCCCUUGCAUGAUCGUGUUAACCGCCGUCUUCUCCUGCGUCUGUGUGCUGUCCCACCCCGCCAAGCCUCUCAACGAGCGUUCCACGGAGCUCGCCUUCGAGGCCUGGCUGCUGGUGGACCAGAGCAACCGCCAGAGCGACCUGGGCGGCCUCCUGCGCCGCCGGAUCACCCCCAAGUCCGUCUUCAUCGCCCCCACCUUCAGCCCCGAGUCGCUCCCGCCCUGCGCCGAGGGCUACAAGUCCGACUCCAUGGGCCGCUGCGUCAAGUUCGUCAAGAUCAACACCACGGCGCAUUUCAACUUCAUCCUGGAUAGGCUGAACGCGCAGUUCGCGGAGGAAGCCACCACGGAGAGGGCCACCCAGGGCCCGCUGCACCUCAAUAUCCCCUUUCCGGGCGAGCCCGAGGAGAACAAGACCAGCGUCCCGUUCUUCGACUUGGAGGACGCGACGGAGAUGGCCAUCGUGGUGACGCCGUUGGGCAACCACCUCCGGCACGACCACCCCUCGAACACCGCCGUGAAGGUGGACAUGAAGAGGGACGGCGAGGUGUUUGACGCGAAGAAAGUCGCGGCGAUACUCAGGGUGGAUCCUGAGGACGUGCAGACGACGACGUUGGAAGAGUUGAGUACCACGCUGAUGGCGACGACGUGGAACGACGAGACCACGACGGAGAUGACCACGGAGGUGGCGUCCACGACCACGGAGACCAGCGAGACCACGACGCUCCUGGAAGGGGACGCGAUCUUCUUCCAGAUUUAGCGUCUAGAUCUAGAAUCACCAAAUCACGUACAAACGAGACAAUAGACACUCCCAGAAUCGCCAGGCGGGUCAAAACCAAAUUAGACUAAUCGAAUAGGUUAAGAAUGUUGUGAUGUUUUAGUCGUUAACUAAGGUAUUAAAUGUACAUAUUGUAUAUGCAAAUGUUUUAAUUUGUCAGUGUAUAUAAGUAUUGUAUUUAUUUUACUAACUGUUGAAGUGGCUUGAGCACAAGCACAGUAUUACAAACUUCAACCCACUAAUCCCCUAUUUUUAAACGUUGUUGUAGGACUAGGUUAAUCAAUCCGUCUUUCGUCAUUCUCCAACACGUGUAUGCGAUUGUGUUCCCUAGACCUUAAUAGACUGAUUAACCUUUCGUUCGACUGUUAGGUACAAAUGUAAAGUUAGUUACAAGAAGGUAUUUAUUGUCAAUAUUCCAUGUUAUGUACUUGUGCCAGUAUACAAUAAAACUUAAAAUUAAAAAUCUAAA